AAGGGUAAGCCAAUCCCAAUACGCGCAGAAUGUGCAGCGUGCCAAUGUUUAUAGACAAUAUAUAUUUUAUUAGUGCUGUAGACAAUUUACCGGCUUCGAGAAAGUCCCUAUAUUAUAGGAAACAGCUAUAAGCUCUCGUGGUCCCCCCACCACAUCUGCAUAUGGGCAAUAGCGAUAAAAAAAAGUAUAUUGUUAAUGAAUCCCGUAACAAAAUGUACAAUUUCUUGAAAAAAAAAUUGCGCGUGAGUUUUGCAAAAGAUUGGUACUAGUUAAUCGUUUAAGAAACUAAUAGGAACUGUACGUGCAUCAAAAAACGGCGUGGUGAACUUUAUUAAGUUUUUUAACAAUGAUUGAGCACGAGUGUAAUCAGUUUUGCUAACUUUGCUACCAAUCUAAUUGUUCUCAAUUUUAAAAUGUUUUUUCGUUAUUAUCGUUUUAUUUUUUUUUAAAUGAAAUAUACAUAUUUAGAUAGAAAAAAUUACUUGAAAAAUCUAGAAGUAUUAGAAUUUUCGAAUGAAUGUCUCAUGAAGAACCUACGUUAUAACUUUACCCAGUCGGAUAGCAAAAUCAAAAUCAAAUAAUUACUUAUUUACAUGAAAUAUUUCUGGUGUAAUAUUAAUAUAUCUGGAACAAUGUAUGCAGCUACGUUGAAAUGGAUGUCUUUUCUGAUUUACUAUGUAGCUAUCCAUUGCUUUAUAUUUUAUGUUGAUGUAUCGUACAUUUACGAUUGGUAUAAAGAUCGACUAUUUUUUAAUAUGAAAAAUAAUUCAGUCUAUGACUAUGUUAUUGUUGGCUCAGGAAGUGCAGGAUCAAUUUUGGCUACUCGGUUAUUAAAUUCUGGAUAUAAAGUAAUAUUAAUUGAAGCAGGUGGCAAUCCUGGCUACUUAUUUAACAUUCCAGUAUUAACACCAUUGUUGUUGAAUACAGAAUAUGAUUGGAAAUAUAAAACUGUUCCACAGAGGCAUGCAUGCAAAGGUUUGAAAAAUAAUCAGAGCUCUUGGUCAGCUGGAAAAAUUGUAGGUGGUUCUAGUAGACUCAAUUUUAUGGUACAUGUACAAGGACAUGACAAGGAUUAUAGCUCUUGGUUUUCAGAUUAUCGAGAACAUUUAUACACCAUAAGCGAUAUUAUGCAUUUCAAUAGCCAAAACUGGUAUUCAAAAUUAGCCGAUGGAAUACUAGAAGGAAUAAGUGAAUUAUCAUAUUCCUUGAGAAAUAUAAAUGAAAAAUCAGGAACUGGUUUCAUGAGAGCACAAUUAACUAUAAAAAAUGGAGAACGCUGGAGUACAGAUAGAAUAAUAAAUCAUAGUUAUCAUUUAUAUAAGAGGAUGACUAUAAUUACCCAUACAUUAGUUCAAAAGGUUUUAUUCAAGUCCAAUAAAGCAGUGGGCUUGGAGUUUAUUAAGAACAAUCUAAUUUAUAAAGUAUUUGCCAGGAAAGGUGUAAUUUUAAGCGCAGGAGCAAUUGGCUCUCCUAAAUUGUUAAUGCUUUCUGGCAUUGGACCAAAGAAGCACUUGGAGGAACUUAAAAUUAGGACAGUUGUGGAUCUACCAGUUGGUAAUCACUUGAUGGAUCACAUAAUCACUGGACUAGAUCUUGUAACAAUCAAUCGCGAUGAGGCUUUAAGUAUCAUUGAUAUCAUUAACCCUUAUUCAGCUAUAGACUAUUACUUAAAUGGACAAGGCCCAUGGACAUCGGCUGGAGUUGAUGUUCUUGGUACCUUUCACAGCAAUCAUCAGAAUGUUGAUUCUGCUCCAGAUCUUCAAAUAAUGACUUUUCCUGUUGGUCUGUCACAAGAUAAUGGAAUACUAUUGAAACAACAUUUAGGAAUCCCAGAGGAUGUUUUCAACAAUUAUUUUUUGCCACUUGUAUAUAAAACCGCAAUUACAAUUGCUCCAGUAUUGUUACAUCCAAAAAGUUAUGGGUCAGUGAAACUCAGAAGCUCUAAUCCCCUUGAUGAUCCAAUUAUCGAUCCAAAUUAUUUAUCAAAUAAAGAAGAUGUAAAUAAAUUGAUUCAAGGCAUUGAAUUUAUCAAGAAAUUAAUAAAUACAAAAAGUAUGAGAAAGCUUGGCGCUGAAAUGUAUGAAAAACGAUUUCCUGGUUGUGAAAACAUCCAGUUCGAUACAACAACAUAUUGGGAAUGUUAUAUUAGACAUGUUACUCUAUCAACUUAUCAUCCAGCUGGGACUUGCGGUAUGGGAAGAGUUGUUGAUGCUAAUUUCAGAGUGUAUGGUACUAGAAAUCUGUUUGUUGUGGAUGCAUCAGUUUUUCAACAGUUACCUAGCGGAAAUAUAAAUACGCCAGUUGUCGCACUUGCCGAAAAAGCUGCGAAAAUACUAACGAAAAAUUUAAGACAAUACAGACUUAAUACCUGUUACUGUAAUAUUAAAGAGAUUUUUUUGAUACAUUAACAUAAUCAUACAAUAUAAGGAUUUUAAUGCAAUAAAAAAAUAUUAUUCGUACUAACAAAGUGAAAAGAUGACUUUAUUCAAUUGAUAUUUUAUAAUAUAU